AUGAACAAGCUGCAGGGCGGAGCAUUGAAUGCUAAGUCGUCGAAGAACUCGAAGAUUGCAACUGCUGCUUUCCCAAAAAUCGUUUCCAAAGUUUCCAUUGAAAAUUGCAACUUGGGCGAUGUUUUCCUCAAGAUUGCAGCCAGCAGUACAAGUACAUCUACAACUUCGGACGACUACUCCACGGCUGGGACUGCAGGAGCCAUCUCAUCUCCCUCUGACGAUAUUGAGCCGGAGGACUACGCAGGACGAGGAGCAUGGGACGGAGUCAAUUUUUCGCAGAAGGAAGCGAGGAGCCACAAAGUCCCUGCAAACGAUGAAAAUGAAUUUAGGACUCAGCAAAGCGUAUCUGCAGCUCAAUCCAUCGUGAAAAGUGCGAAGUAUCACUCGAUCGACCACGACGGACGAGCACGAACAACAAAUGCGCGGCCAGGAGGAGCAGGAGGAGCCCCAGCCGCUACUACAAGCACUGCAGCACAGAUAGUAAAUCGAUCUCGGAGCAGGGGCAGCCGCGCUCUGUCGGUUGCUUCGAGCGGAGCUGUUUCUUUCUACGAGGAAGGAGAAAGUAGAACGAAGACAACUGGGACAAAAACUACAACUGGUUUCGCUUUACCGACACGAAAGAAAAAGCAAAAUAAUAAUUACGGGGAAGAUCAUCUUCAUGUUGAGGAUGAUUUGUCCAGCAAUGCGGACUCCGUGCAGAUGUCGCACAAAGCUCUGGUCGUUUCGAGAAACACCACGGGCCAGAAGUCGCGAAGGAAUUCCGUGGGGCUUCUAGCUGGUGAGGAGGCGGCAAACAAGCCUAGAGCAGGAGCAGGCUUUCUUGGCAGCACCCUGGCUGUGAGAAAUCUCAUUCCGUUUUUCAAUCGGGCCGGCAAGGACCACGAGCAGUGUGCUUCUAUUGAGGAAGGUGGCAGGAGCUUCUCCACGGGUAAUCUCAACAACUCCUGCUUCCAAACCUGCCAAAAGCGCAUCCGCACCAGCCGUCGCGGGCGUGUUUUCUCUGCGCUGUUCGAAAUGCGUUGGCUGACCACGCGCCGGGAUUUCCAGUCGCUGAUCCUGAC